AUGGAUGACAGCCUUAUACUUGGGGAGGACUUGCCACUUCCUCCAGAGCGUCUGCUUGAACGCUUGUCGCAACUACCCGGUUACAUCUGGGACCAGAAUCUCCGACCCUUCCGCUCCUCCUACGAUCAUUGGCAUGUCUCCGGUGUCAGGCUGGCUUCAGAUACAGACGUGCCCAUCUUUACUCCUUCCUCCUCUCGAUCGAAAGAGUCCUCAUCAGCAUCUGCACACACCUCUCCUCGCAUCGAAAACAAACUUCACUCCCGACAUAACUGGAGAAGUAGCCUCAGCGAAUCAAAUAGUGAUGUCUCCUCUCGCAAUGAGCCCGACGCCUCAUGGGUACAGGUAGUGGCUCGUGUCUCAAGCCAUGUUAUAAGACUGGAGCGCGAGUUCCAUACGCUGAAGUCGAUUAUCCAGAUAUCGGAUCCUGAAUGCAAACAUACUGUUCGCCCCAUUGAUAUUAUUCGCCUUGCUCCCCAGCCAGGGGAUCGCGGCCCCUUCUUGGUUGCCCUUUACGAGUCCCAAGGCCCCAAUCAAUUGAAAGAGUAUGUAGGCUUCGGUCCUAUAUUUUUCCAGACAUAUAGGGGAAAUGUAUUAGCAGAGAGUACGUCUCCGGGCACCCAGGUGCCCAUCGCAACCUUCUUGGAUUUUGCCAUCGGUGCCUGCGAAUGUUUAGAAUUGCUGCAUUAUGGCUUGAAAUGCAUACAUGGAGAAAUCAGACCAGAUGCCUUCCAUUUCAAUGCCGAGACCCGUGCAGUGAAACUCUCAAACAUAGGUAAUGGUGCCAGAUCGUUCGAUAAUGCGUUGAGUGAAGGCUGGUCAAUCUUGUCACGCGAGUUGGGGGUGAAAAAUAAGCUUCAGUUCAUCGCGCCUGAACAGACUGGGAGAUUGCCAACGGAGCCUGAUAGCCGAACUGAUAUAUACGCUCUUGGCGUGUUAUUUUGGUCGAUGCUUGCCGGACAACCUGCAUUCGAUGCUAGUGAUCCUGUCGAAGUUGUACAAAAUGUGCUUGGAAAAACAUUACCCAAGGUUUCCCGCAAAAGGAUGGAUGUACCGGACGCAGCCGCCGCUGUCAUCCAAAAAAUGACCCACAAGCAAAUCAAUGAUAGAUAUCACACGAUAUCUUCUGUGAAGUGGGAUCUUCAGCAAAUAUCAAGGCUACUUGGUGAUGGCGACCAAGAAGGAUUAAACAAUUUCGUCAUAGCCCAACGAGAUGUUUCAUCUUUUUUUACGCUACCAGCAGCUAUGUUUGGGCGGAAAGAAGAGCAUGAACAAAUUCUUCACAUUAUUGACAAAGUCCAAAAACGCCAUCAGGCUGCUGUGGCUCAAGUGGCGGCCAAGUCAAUUCACUCUCUUCAUGCCCUUAGCUCAGGCUCAUCUAUUUCCGAUAGUCGUGUGGAUGGCGUCGAGGCCGGGGAUGGUUCCAGCGACUCUGGAUCAUAUAGUAUUGCUGCUAUUAGAACCCAAUCUACGUCUAGUCCUUUCGCUCUUGCACAUACAUCAACGCAGGACUCAGCCUGUAGUGCCGAUUCUUCUUCAAGUCAAAAGACACUUCUUCUCUCCAGUCGAGUUAAAAGUCCCACCGGUUCAAGGAAUUCUGGGGACAUCAAUGAUCGCGAAAGUUAUUUGACUUCCUUUGUUGGUAACCACAACCAAUUCGAUUCUCUUGCACCUCUAGGACGGCGAAAGGUACAGGCAAAGUAUCGGCAAAGUGGCCGCUGUGAAGUGAUAAGCAUAUCUGGUGUUGCUGGUCUUGGAAAGUCAGAUCUUCUGAAUCGACUACAACCAGAAAUCCGCAAACAUGGCUACAUCGCCGUUGCUCGUCUGGAUCGUUCACGGAGGGUUCCAUUUGAACCAUUUUUUAAAAUCCUCGCUAGCCUUCUUCGUCAGAUAUUUUCCGAACGUGACGUUUCAACCGAUUACCAUAGCUCAAUACGUGUCACCCUGCAGCCAAUAUGGUUAUCCCUCCAUCAAGUCCUCGGCCUACCAGAAAAUUUGAUAUACCCUGUGGAUGUGAAUAGCGAGUCCAUGAACUUCUUGAAGUCUAAUGCUACCCCACUUCAAGUACUUAAAGAAGAGACAGAGGAGUCAUUUCAUCUCCAAGAUGACGGAUUUAUUAGCUUAAGCGUUGGUCAGACUUUAAAGGAUUUCUGUCACGGGCCAUCGUCCAACGCUAUUCUCCGAUUUGCGGAUACUCUGAUUGAAAUAUUGAGGAUUAUGUCGUUCCAUAAACUGAUAUGUGUGUGUUUGGAUGAUGUCCAAUAUGCUGAUGUGGAAAGUGUUCAUACUCUUCUUGAGAUCAUCAGAACUAAAAUUCGAUGCGUCCUUAUGAUCACGAGCCGACCAGAAGAAAUAACCCAUCCUGAAUUAAAGGCACUUUUCCAGACGGAGACGGCCAAUGUUACCAGGAUCGAAUUAAAUCCAUUAAGCGAAGCGGAGGUUCACGAAUAUGUUGCUGCCACGAUGCACCAGCCUGCUAGCAAAAAACUUCUUCCUCUUUCCGCAGUCGUCCAAGGAAAAAGCCAAGGAAUCCCGUUUUACAUGCGAAUGAUCCUCGAAACCUGCUAUCGGAAAAACUGUAUAUGGUAUUCCUGGAGAGAUUCUGCUUGGCAGUUUGACUUGGACAGGAUAUUUACAGAAUUUGUGUCCCCAUCUUAUGGCGAAGGUCUCGGUACAGAUUUCAUUGCCAAACGUUUCCAAGAGCUUCCCGUGGAAUCCCGGUCGAUUCUUUUGUGGGCUGCAUUGUUAGGGGAAACUGAUGAUGAAUUUAGAUUCGCCCACGAUCGCUACGCCCAAGCUGUAUCAAGAAUGAGAGAGUGUCAUAAUCAAGAGAAAAUGCACUUCAUUGCCGCACAAACCCUCAUGAAAUACGGACCAACAGAUAGCACUUCACUAUAUUCGAGGGCUCAACAUAUUCAGUGCGCAGCAAGAUUGAUCAAGCAGCGAGUUCACGAACGGAUCAAAUAUAGAGAUGCUCUAUACCACGCAGCUCGGACCGCUUUCCAGUCUGGAGCAAAGGCUACUGCGUUAAGCUAUUUUCAAGCUUGCCUGUACCUGCUGCAGGAUGACCCAUGGGAUAGCAAUGCGGAAGACGUUUACUAUGAAGAAACACGAGAGCUCCAUAUUCAAACAGCCGAGAUGCUUAUAUCUAGUGGAAAGUCAGAAGAAGCUAUGAACAUCCUUGACAUUGUGUUUAAGCGCGCACACACCGCUGUAUGCAAGGCAAGGGCAUGGACACUAAAAAGCAGGAUUCUCGCCCACAAUGGCGAUUUUUCUGCUGCCCUGAAGGCUUUGUUCACGGGUAUGGAAGAUUUGGGUGCAAAAAUCGACCGGUCAACUUCCUGGGAAAGCUGCGAUGAGGCGUACGAGAAGCUAAGCGCGUAUCUUAAAGCUGCUGACCUCGACGUCGUUUUUUCUGUACCUCUCAGUCAGGACAAAUCAUUGAUCACCCUUGGGUCACUAAUGGCCGAAGCUUUGGCUGUGUGUAUCUGGGGCCAACCCCUGACAUUUCUCCAGCUGGGGAUUGAAAUGAUGAAUACUUAUUUAUUUCGUGGAGCCUUCUCGCAGAUCACCUUUCUCUGCACUUACAUGUCCAUGAUUGCAAUGAGCCGAUACAAGGAUCUCGAACUUGGCGUCAAGCUUAGCGAUGCCGCAGUUAGUCUCUUAAAUCGCUUCAACGAAACCUGGGUUCCUGCGCGCGCUGUUACCACCCAUAAUUAUUUUGUUAAUCAUAUGAGGAUGCCGAUGUCAACGACAUUACCACACCUCGAGAGUGCCAUGGAAGCAGCCUUUUUGCUGGGUGAACGGUAUUUGAUACUGGUCAACGUAUCUGCAAUGGUAUUCACGCGAUUUUGUCUAGGCCACGACCUUGGCGAGUUGGAAGCACUGUGUAAUUAUGCACCCGAGGAAAUCGCUGAUUGGGAAAACGACCCACGUGGCGGAGUUUAUAUCGUUUCUGUCCGGCAAGUUGCACGUGCGCUCCAAGGGGCUACUUGCAUCAACUCUGCGGAUCAUAUUCUAUCUGACGACCACCACAACAGCGAGAAGUAUAUUGCUAUUCAUGGCCUGAACUCGCACACUCUUGAUUUGUAUCGUGCAAUGAGUUUGGUGCCACUCUAUUUCUACGGUUAUUACGAGAAGGUAGUGGAGAUUGGCACUGAUAUGAUGAAAACGGUGGCUGGCCUCUGGUCGCUGCGCGCUGCCACUCAGACAUAUUUCUAUCUUUCUUUAGCUAUGCUUAACCUCCAUCUUGAUGAUCCAUCCAGACCUGGCCUCGAGGAGACCAUCAACCAGGUCAGGGAGUACAAAAAGGAAAUCGACUUUAAGGCCCGAGCAUGCGACGCGAAUUACGGUACAUGGGCAUUAUUGCUUGAAGGUCUAAUAUGUGAGGCAUCCGGCAAAUUUCAGAGUUCUCUCGUUGCUUUUGAGGCGGCACUCGAUCAUGCCCAGUGGCACAAAUGGCCUCUGGAGGAAGCCCUUGCUCUCGAGCUUCAAGUCGACUUCUUUGUUCGACGUGGCGUUAAACGGGCUGCUCAGUAUUUGCUUCAGGAAGCAAUCGCCUCUUGGAACCGUAUCAGUGCAACAGGAAAAGCUAAGCACCUUUCAGAAAAACAUGAGUGGCUUCUAAGAGUUGGAUCUUCUGCAUCGAGAUCGAAUGAUGUUGGUUGUCAAACUGUUGAUUCGAUACUGAACGUUCCGACGAGAAAUACAGAACCAGCGUCAAACUCCAUUCAUCCCCACCUUGAAGAUGAACGUAAACGAGAGUGGCUAGAGGAAAAUGAAGAACACGCUGAUAAACGGUCUUUGGAUAUAUCUGGGCUUGGUCUAGGUAUGAACCUCGCAACACACCACCCCUACUCGUACGGUUCCGAAUUAGCACUUGUGGUCACAGAAUUUGAGCCAUAUGGUUGGUUGGUUGCUGCGGCUAGCGAUCACGAGAAUGGAGAUGUAGCUUUCGCCGACGGCCUCGCCUUCUCUGAAGUGGAAGAUAAAAUGGCACAACAAAUCACACAUUAUACACUGCGUACGAGGGAACCAGUACUCGUCCAUAAUGUCCUGGAUGAUGAACGUUUCUCCAAUGUCAGCGAAGCCUACGCCUCCCGAAACCCUCAGGGAAAAUCCGUUAUAGCCCUGCCUAUUAUCCAAGCCAACAAUCUUCUUGGAGUCAUUCACGUUGAGGGCAAGCCCAAUUCGUUUACUCAACGUAAUCUAGUUGUGCUCCGUCUUGUGUGUAAUCAAGUUGGAAUAUCAUUAGCAAACGCCUUCCUCUAUCGGAACGCGAGUAAAGUUAGUGCUGCUAACGCCGCUAUGGUCGAGGCUCAGAAACGUGCCUUGUCUCUCGCCAGGGAAGCGGAACGAAAGUCCAAAGUCGCAGAAGCGGAGGCUAAACAUAACGUUAAGCUCAAAGAAGAUGCCGCCAAGGCUAAGUCAAUAUUUCUGGCGAAUGUUUCUCACGACUUACGCACACCAAUGAAUGGGGUUAUCGGAUUGUCUGAAUUACUUAAGAAGACCAACUUGGACCGGGAGCAGGAUGGUUACGUUGAAUCAAUUCGUGUGUGCGCGGACACUCUCUUAACGUUAAUUAACGAUAUUCUCGACUUCUCCAAACUCGAAGCAGGCAAGAUGAAAGUAUCGACGGUUCCUCUCAACCUCAGAGAAACCAUUGCGGAAGUUGUUCGUGCUCUUCGCUAUACCCACCGUGACCGCGGGCUUCAGACUAUCGAGGACCUUGAUGGCGUUGAUCCAAAGUUAUUGGUUUUGGGAGACCCCGUUCGCCUCCACCAGAUAUUUAUGAAUCUGCUAAGCAACAGCUACAAGUUCACUCCCAAAGGUUCCGUCACGGUUAAAGCCAAAGCAGCCGAUGAAGACGAUGGCCGUAUUCGUAUAACGUGCAAAGUUGCCGAUACUGGUAUUGGAAUAUCUGGAGAGCAAUUGGUUCGCCUUUUCAGGCCAUUCUCCCAGGCUGACAGUUCGACAGCGAGAUCAUACGGAGGGAGUGGGCUUGGAUUGAGCAUCUGCAAAGCGAUAAUAGAGGAUGUGCUUGGCGGAAAGAUUUGGCUGCAAUCUGAGGAAGGGGUAGGCACGACUGUUACCUUUACGCUAGUACUCAGCAAAGCCCCGAAGAAUUCUGUGGUGAAAACACCAUGGUCUCAAGAUAGCACUCAAGAAAAGAAGCAGGUCCCCAUGAGACAGACAAUCAGAGAUCUCAAAUCUGUUUCCCGAAACAGAAUCCGCGUCUGCAUUGCCGAAGAUAAUCCGAUCAAUCAAAAAAUUGCAGUGACUUUCGUGAAGAAUUUGGGGCUGGAGUGCGAGGCGUUCAGUGAUGGUCAGCAAGCUGUGGAGGCUCUUAGGCGUGCAUCUGGAGAAGGAAACCCAUUCCACCUUGUCCUCAUGGACGUUCAAAUGCCAGUUUUAGAUGGGUACAAUGCUACGCGCAAGAUUCGCGAGGAUUCGGAUCCUAACGUUAACGAUGUCCUCGUCAUCGCCAUGACCGCCAGCGCUAUUGAAGGCGAUCGCGAAAAGUGCAUAGACGCCGGUAUGAACAAUUACCUCGCUAAGCCCGUCAGGUCAGAUGUGCUCAGAACGAUGCUUGAUCGGUAUCUAGCUCCUUCACUGGAGUCUGAGCUCCCGAGACGGGGUUAUCGGUGGCGCCGAGCAUCCUCACAUGCGGUUGCCGCCGCCCCGUCCCCCGUUGAAGAGGAACCACAAACAAACAACGGGCAUGAACUCAAACCCAUGACCUCCAUUCAGGGGAAGCCAGGGGAUAUGUAUGCGUUUAUGCCUAACGCUGACUCAAAACCGCCCGACAGCCCAACGGCGGGUCCCUGUUUCAGUGCCGAACAAACAACAUCUCCUGCUGGUGCUGCAACAGCUGCCGCUGCCACUGCUGUUGAUGCCUCAUACACUCGUAUAAAUACGAAUGGACAUGGGGAGGGCUCACCGCCUGCAAAAUCGUCGAAAUAG